CAUACCUGACUCGCCUAGCUAGCUGGACUUCGUCUAAAGACACCCUCAUGGACAGGAGUAGCACAGAGGCAACCGAAUUUUCAAGUCCUCUUCUCUUCAAAGGCAUAAAAGAAUCCCACCGAAACUCAGAUUGGGGAAACAUCUGCGAUGAUACCACUGGCCACUAUGAAAUUAAGCAUCGUGAAGCUUCUCCGGCAACACCAAUUCUUAUACUUAGCACCAUCGUUGCUCUCUCUGGAUCUUAUAUUUUUGGGUCUGCUGUUGGUUAUUCAUCACCUGCUCAGUCUGGAAUUAUGUACGACAUCAAUCUUAGUGUGUCACAGUAUUCAGUAUUUGGUUCGAUAUUGACGAUUGGAGCAAUGAUUGGUGCCAUGCUGAGUGGUAGGGUGGCAGAUUAUGCGGGUCGUCGAGGAGCCAUGUGCUUCUCACAGAUAUUUUGCAUCUUGGGAUGGCUUGCCAUAGCAAUCACAAAGGUUGCUUGGUGGCUUUACAUUGGAAGACUGUUGGUAGGAUGUGGGAUUGGUCUUCUAUCUUAUGUGGUGCCAGUUUAUAUAGCAGAAAUAACCCCCAAGAAUCUUCGAGGGGGAUUUACAACAAUUCAUCAGUUGUUGAUCUGCUGUGGAGUAUCUCUGACUUAUCUAAUGGGAGCAUUUUUGAAUUGGCGGGUUUUGGCAUUACUUGGAAUUGUUCCAUGUGUUGUACAGCUGGUUGGCCUACUCUUCAUUCGUGAGUCUCCUAGGUGGCUCGCAAAGGGUGGUCGCAUGGAAGAGAGUAAAUCUACCUUACAACACCUCAGGGGAGAGAAUGCGGAUGUUUCUGACGAAGCCAACGAAAUUAGAGACUAUACAGAAAACCUUCAGAAGGAAUCAGAAGCUGGCAUGGCUGACUUAUUUCAGAGGCAGUAUCUUAAAGCACUUACUGUUGGACUCGGAUUGAUGAUACUACAACAAUUUGGAGGGGUUAAUGGCAUUGCGUUUUAUGCGAGUUCUAUAUUUAUCUCUGCUGGUUUCUCAGAUAGUGUGGGAACAAUAGCCAUGGUUGCUGUUCAGAUCCCAAUGACAGCUUUGGGCGUACUUCUGAUGGACAAAUCUGGACGGCGACCACUUCUACUGGUUUCUGCUGGGGGUACAUGUUUAGGAUGCUUUCUUGCAGCCCUAUCAUUCUUAUUGCAGGACCUUCAGAAAUGGACGGAGGUUUCUCCCAUUUUGGCUCUCGUUGGUGUGCUGGUAUAUACAGGAUCUUUCUCGUUAGGCAUGGGAGGAAUUCCAUGGGUUAUCAUGUCCGAGAUAUUUCCCAUUAAUGUGAAGGGGUCUGCAGGAAGCCUUGUGACCUUAAUUAACUGGUUAGGUUCUUGGAUAGUAUCAUAUGCCUUUAACUUCUUCAUGGGUUGGAACUCAACAGGAACUUUCUUCAUAUUUUCUUCCAUAUGUGGCCUCACUGUUGUGUUCGUGGCGAAACUCGUACCAGAGACUAAGGGGAGAACGCUUGAAGAAAUUCAAUCAUCCAUGAACCAUACGCCUACACAUAUAACACAGACAUGAGUUUAGCUUGUCUCUCUUCAACUUGACAGCCAGCCUGCAGAUGAAACAAAUAUUAUGGCGGCGAUUAAUGUCAAACUCAACGACUGGCUUUUAGUACUGAAUAAAUUUUACUCAUCACAUAAGACAAACUUAACGUGGAAGCUAAUUAUGGCUGUUUAGAGCCCAUAUAUAUAAAAGACAUUAAAAGAAGUCCAAAAAUAAGAAAUCUAAAUGACAUAUGGGAAGAUAUAGAAUUUGGUCAAAAAAUCUGGAGAAUGGGAAUGGGGGAAGCAAACAAGCAGGGAAACGCAAGUUCGUUGGAAGGAGGUAGGAAGGGGUUAAGUGUUUAUUUUUGGGUGCAAGUCAAGCGCACCUUAUUUGGAAGACACAUAAAUCUAGCUAACGGAUUCCCGUACGUGUAUGUGUUGUUGAGCGUUAUCCUCCGAAACCUACAAGAAAUUAAAUAGCAUGUCAUGAUUACGUU